AUGAGAUGGGUUUACUUGACUCAGAUAGAAGCAUGCGUGAAGCGAGCCAUGCAGAGAGCAGUAGACUUAUCAGAACUAAUUUCAACAGUAAUAAAGGACGAUGCUACGAAACGCGCCAACUACCAGAAACCGGCCGGUUUUGAACUUACCAUAAAUGCGCAGUUACUGACUACCAAAGAGGCUCAGCCAAACGAACUCGUUGCCCCUGCUGUAGAACUCACGGAGGAGCGCCUUGAGAGGGAACAACCUAGCGUGAUGUUAAAUGAAAAUCCUUUAACAAGAGACAGUGGAUCGGAAUUCGACGAACGCACAGAGGAGAAGGCGUUAGCUAGUCAGGUGGCGUCGAUAGCGGAUGGUGUAGACAAUGUCAGGAUGGAAACAAGCACAGAACCUGGACCUUCUGCUAUAUCCUCUGCAUCGCAGAGCAAGCAAACGAUCAGCAAUAGGAAGGUUAUUUUGCACAUCUUGGGGCUUGUGUUUACUUCUUUUCAUUUAAGACUUUCCUUGAAUAUUUGA